CUCCCUCCGCUUCCGACGGCCGCGCUGCGCCAUCCCGGCCGGCCAGGCCAGCCCCGUGUCGGGGCCGCUGCGCCCUGACCCUGCCUGCCACCGCGGCCCCCGGCCAGGAUGCUGCUGCGGGCCGCGGUGCUGGCUGUGCAUGCCGGGCUCCUGGCUGCCCUCCGCCCUGGAGACCCCAACGUCUGCAGCUACUGGGAGAGCUUCACUGCGCCAGUGAAGGAGUCGUACACCAAACCCCACGUCGUGUCCUCCAGUGAGCCCUGUCCCGGGGGGCCGGGCCUCUCCCUGCCCUGCCCGCAGCAGAGGGUCGUGUACCGCACCGAGUACCGCCAGGCCAUCCGCACCGAAUACCGGCGGCGCUACCAGUGCUGCCAGGGCUACUACGAGAGCCGGGACUCCUGUGUCCCUCACUGCAGCCAGGAGUGCGUCCACGGCCGCUGCGUCGCUCCCGAGCUGUGCCAGUGCGAGCCGGGCUGGCGCGGCCCCAGCUGCUCCAGCGAGUGUGAUGAGCAGUCGUGGGGGCCGGACUGUGGGCAGCGCUGCCCCUGCCACCAUGGGGCCCCUUGUGACCCCCUGACCGGGGUCUGCUCCUGCCCCCCCGGCUUCGCCGACCCCCUGUGCCGCCAGCCGUGCCCACCCGGCACCUACUGGCAGGGCUGCCACCUGUCCUGCCCCUGCCACCACCAGGCCCCCUGCAACGCUUCCACUGGCGCCUGCCUCUGCCCAGCGGGGCGGAGCGGCCCCCUCUGUGAGGUGCCCUGCCCUGAGGGGACAUCCUGCACCACUCCCUGUCCCUGCCAGAAUGGGGGCAUCUGCCACCCCUCCAGCAGCAGCACCUGCGUCUGCCCCCAUGGAUGGACGGGGGAGAUCUGCUCCGUGCCGUGCCCCCCCGGGCGCUUUGGGCCCGGCUGCCAGGGCGAGUGUCGCUGCCACAACGGGGGCCACUGUGACCCCCACGGCGGGCAGUGCCAGUGUGCCCCUGGCUUCACCGGAGAGCAGUGCCAGGAGAGGUGCCCAGUGGGCCGGUACGGGCAGGACUGCCAGGAGAGCUGUGACUGUGCCAACGGGGGCCAGUGCUUCCACGUGGACGGGGGCUGCCUGUGCGAGGCCGGCUUCCAGGGCAGCCGCUGCGAGGAGCGGCACUGCCUGCCUGGCCUCUACGGCCUCCACUGCCAGAGCCGCUGCCUCUGCCACCCCCAGCACAGCCAGAGUUGCCACCCAAUGCUUGGGGAGUGCGUUUGCCUCCCUGGCUGGGCUGGGCUCUACUGCAAUGAGAGCUGCCCCCCUGGCUACUUCGGGCCCGGGUGCCUGCAGAGCUGCCUCUGCCUCCAUGGGGGGGUCUGCAAUGGGACCACCGGCCACUGCCACUGCCCCCCUGGCUACACGGACGAGCACUGCUCCUCCCUGUGUCCCUCCAACACCUUCGGGACAAACUGCUCAGGGCACUGCUCCUGCCAGCAUGCCCUCGCCUGCUCCCCGCUCGACGGCUCCUGCUUCUGCAAGGAAGGCUGGCAUGGACCUGACUGCUCGAUGCCGUGUCCUGCUGGUACUUGGGGUCCCAGCUGCAACCGGAGCUGUGACUGUGCCCAUGGGGCAGCCUGCGACCCCCAGAGCGGGACCUGCCACUGCCCCCCGGGCUGGCAGGGCCCUCACUGCCUGCAGCCCUGCCCAAACGGGACAUUUGGGGCAGGCUGCGGGGAGCGCUGCGUCUGUGCCCACGCUGAUGGCUGUGACGCGCUGACGGGAGAGUGCCACUGCCUGCCCGGCUGGACAGGCCCGCAGUGCAAGCAGGGCUGUGCCCACGGCUCCUGGGGCCGGGGCUGCCGCAUGUCCUGCUCCUGCCGCAACGGAGCCUCCUGCUCCCCCCAGGACGGAUCGUGCACCUGCGCCCCGGGGUACCGCGGCCCCACCUGCCAGCGCCCCUGUCCCCCCGGCCGCUACGGCAAGCGCUGCUCCCUGAGCUGCUCCUGCGCCAACGGCUCCUCCUGCCACCCCAACAACGGCUCCUGCCUCUGCACCCCGGGCUGGCAGGGCCCCCGCUGCUCCCAGCCCUGCAGCCCCGGGACCUUUGGGCUCCAGUGUGAGCAGCUCUGCCGCUGUCCCCACAACGCCACCUGCGACCCCACCAACGGGACGUGUCCCUGCGCCCCAGGCACGACUGGGCCCCACUGUGAGGCCGGGAACCCUGACCAGCCCUACACCAUCGAGCCAGCCCCCCCUGCAGCCUACAGCCCCCUGGGCAUGGUGCUGAGCCUGGUGGCCCUGGUGGUAUUGCUGGUGGCUGUGGUGGUGGCAACCCUGUGCUACCAUCACCGGCAGAGGGGGAAGGAGCGGCGGCACCUGGCCGUGGCCUACAGAGCAGGACAGACGGACACCUCUGACUACAUGGUGCCAGAUGUGCCACCAAGCCACCACGCGCACUACUACUCCAAUCCCAGCUACCACACCCUGUCCCAGUGCCCGCUGCCAGCCCCCGGCCCCCAGGACAGAGCCAGCUCCCUCAAGGUGCCUGGCACCCAGCUCUUCCCUAGCACGGAGAGACCCUACAGCCCUUACGGCCCCGAAGGCAAUGCCACACUGCCUCCUGACUGGAAACACCUCAGAGCAUCAGCCCUGGGCCCAAGGGGGGGGCAGCUGGACCGGAGCUACACCUACAGCCAUGGCCUGAGGAAGUGUGACAGCAAAGAGCACCCCUGGGAGGGGCUGGGGGCCAGCGCCAGCUCCCUGGCCAGCGAGAACCCCUACGCCACCAUCAAGGAGCUGCCCCCUGCCACUGCCAAGGCCCACGAGGCCGGCUACAUGGAGAUGAAAUCCCCCGUCCGGCGGGAGAUGUCCUACGCCGAGAUCGGGCUCCUUGAGGAGCCACCACAGGAGGAGAGUUGUCCUGAAGGGCCUGACGGCCCCCCCCACAGAGACCCCCCCAGCCACUACGACUCCCCCAAGAACAGCCACAUCCCCAGUCACUACGACGUGCCACCCGCCCGCCACUACCCCCCAUCCCCGCCACUGCGCAGGAAGGACCGCUGAGGGACGAGGGACCAACCUCGAGGGGAUGGGGGAUCCCUGCGGGGACUGGAGAACCCUGGGACCAUUCCUGUCCCUGAGCACGGGGCCGCGGGUGGUGAAUAAAGGGUGUUUGGUGUGCA